GAUCAUUUCACUGAUUCUCCGUCGCCGUCAUCAUGAUACCGACACCAGAUCUUUCUCAUUUGACUAGGCAUGACCUUGAGCAGGUGUACGACCCAGCAGAGGACACAUUCUUGUUACUGGACGCCCUCGAACAGGAUGCUGAGGCGCUCCGGAAGGAACGUCCUCUGAUUUGUCUCGAGGUCGGAUCUGGAUCAGGAUGCGUGUCAGCAUUUCUUGGAAAGGUGUUAGGACAAUCAUCUUGUCGUGAGUUCGUAUUCAUCGUUCUGCGUGCAGGGUUGAUUAGCAAUUUAAUAGUUUACCUCUGCACUGACAUUAACAAACACGCCACCUGUUGUACACUCGCAACAGGGAAACAGAACAAGAUACCUCUAGAUCCAGUGAUAUGCUCGCUAGCGCGACCUCUCUUACCGCGAUUGCAUCACGCAGUUGAUGUACUCUUGUUUAAUCCUCCUUAUGUGCCGACAGAUACAGACGAAGCUUCCAGUGCUCAGGGUAUUGCUGGUAUUGCGGGGUCCUGGGCAGGCGGGGCUGAUGGAAUGGAAAUUAUCAAUCGUUUGUUACAAGACGUUGAGUGUCUCUUAUCACCGCAGGGUAGAUUUUAUUUGGUUGCCUUGAAACAAAACAAUGUCCCAAGCAUCCGGUCCAGGAUGUUGCAGGACUUUGGUUUAACCAGCCAGGUUGUCAUCGAACGACGCGCGGGAAGGGAAUUGUUAUUGAUCAUUCGCUUCGCACGGACCACACCUAGCUAAUUCCGGCAGCGGAAGCACGUCGUAAAAAAUUAAAUGGCACGAAAGUUUUGGGACAUCAAUGAGGAAUAAUGAAACAUAAAACCAGCAGUCCAUAGAUCAUGAAUUGAAUAUGUACUAGCCCCGAGCAGGAUAUCAAGAAUUUCUUACGCCGUAAAUCAGUUCUCCCCUGGUCGCCGACCCCUG